CCAGCACGAACGCUGGGAACUCAAAUGUAACAUAUCAAAAGCUAGAUUCGUUGGAUUGAGGCUUGCGCGAACAUGCUGAUACUGCACCCACUUGCCGAGUCGGACUCUGCGACGGGAGACGUCUAGCAUCUGCAGCUAGCAAAUGGUUUCCGAAAGCACUCCGUUAGCCAUGGCGAAGAAUGCGAACCCUACUUCAGUAGCGAUGGUGCAGACUCAGAGCCAUGAAGGAGGUCGUUCCAUCAGUCUGGUGAAGCUACUUGACACGGUUGACUCAGUAGAAGCACGCCAAGGGAAUCAGCCGCAGUGUAAUACGUUUAGCGAUUGGGUAGCUCUAUAAUCUGGACCGCGAUCACAUCAUCGGAGGAACCAGCCGCGGUAGCCGCGAGGUCCUCGAGAUCUCUCGAAUAACGAGGGGUCCAGGACCUCGCUUAGGAGUAUACGACAUAGGGCUGAGACAGUGCAUCGCUACCGCACAGCUGAAACGUGCA